AUGGCGCUCGCCCAUCGCCAUAUGAAUUUUACAAGCUUCUCAAGCCGUGUGGCAUCGAGCCUCGGCCAUAGGGUCCAGCUGCCGCCGGCGGGCCUGGUGCGUGCAGGUGUUCGGCGUGCCAGGGCGUCCGUGCGCGCGGGAGCGGCCAAGCAGCACCUAUACACACAGCUGUCAGAUUCUCUCGACCAGCCUUCGCCGGGAUUCGACAGUAUAGCCUCGGCACUGCAAGACUUGCAGGCAGGCAAAUUUGUAGUGGUGCUGGACGACGAGGAUCGCGAGAAUGAGGGCGACCUUAUCAUUGCGGGUGACAAGGUCACGACGGAGGCCAUGGCUUUUAUGGUCGAGUACACCAGCGGCGUCAUCUGCAUCGCCAUGCCGGGCGCCGACCUCGACCGCCUGCGGCUGCCGCUGAUGGUGGACUCGCGCGAGAACAACGAGAGCAUGUACACUGCAUUUACGGUCACCGUCGACCUGAAGGAGGGCACCUCCACGGGCAUCAGCGCCGCCGACCGCGCGGCGACGAUCCGCGCCAUGUCAGAGCCCGCCGCCAGGGCCGACGACUUCCGGCGCCCCGGCCACAUCUUCCCGCUGCGCUACCGCGACGGCGGCGUGCUCGUGCGCCCCGGCCACACCGAGGCCGCCGUCGACCUGUCGCGGCUGGCGGGCAGCUUCCCGGCGGGCGUGCUCUGCGAGAUAGUCAACAAGGACGACGGCAGCAUGCAGCGCACGCCGCAGCUGCUCGCGUUUGCGCAGCAGCACGGCCUCAAGUGCAUCACCAUCGCCGACCUCAUCCGCUACCGCCUGCGCCACGAGCAGCUGCUGGCCCACGUCGCGUCGGCGCCGCUGUACACGCGCCACGGCGACUUCACAGCGCACGUGUACCGCUCCCUGGUCGACGGCGCGGAGCACGCCGCGCUCGUCUGCGGCACGCCCGCGGCGCGCGCCGCGGCGACGGCGCGCCACGGCGGCCUGCCCGCGGCGGUGCACGCGCAGAGCUCGCUCGUGGACGUGUUUGGGUCGCUGCACUGCGGCCGCGGGGGCUUCCUGGAUCAGUCGCUUGCCGCGAUUUCGGCAGAGGGCGCUGGCGUGUUGCUGUACACCAAGACGCACCAGGAGCAGUUUGGCGGCACCGCUGCCGGCGGCCGCGGCGGCAUGGCGGCGGAGCUGCAGGCGUACGCGGAGCAGCAGCGGGAGUGCGGCACGGAGGGCGGCGGCGGCGGCGGCGAGGCGGGGCCGAGCGCGGCGCUGGCGGACUUGAGAGACGACGCGGUAGCGGCGCACAUGCUGCGCCACCUCGGCGUGGGCGCCGUGCGCCUGCUCUCCGGCAGCGAGGCCGACGCGCGGCGGCUGCGCGCGUUUGGGCUCGAGGCGACGAGCGGAGGGGGCGGCGCGGCCGGCGGCGCGGCGGCGAACGGCGCGGCGCACCACCCCAGCGGCGGCGUGGACCUCCGGUCGCCCGCGGCGGUGUGA